GUCACUGAAGAUAUGCUUUUAAACAUUGCAAAAUUGAUACCUCCAGGGAAUGACCAUAUCACAUCAAAAUUUAGUAGUCUGAUCUACUUCUUGAUCAUAAAACAGAAGGUAGUUUUCCAUGCUACAUGUAUUGAGUCCCUUAGUUCAUUUAUGAUUUCAGCAAUUAGAAUGUCUGGUGAGUGGGUUUUAAAUGAUCUACUCAUUACUCUUUCAGCCUUGCUAUCUGGAAAUGCAGAUAAAGUAGUUACGCUUCAUGAGAGUCUAAUUGGCAAGAAUGGAGUUUUGGUGCAAUUACUGAUUCCGUCUAAGUUUGAUAAAAGCGUUCACUUUAAUGCUUUUAAUUGUCUGCAUAGUCUUCUUGUGAAAAAACUCGGUGAAAGUUUCAUUCAAGAUGACUUACUGAAUAUUGCUUACAAAAAGUGUGUAUCGUUUUUGCAAGUUGAGGCAUUUGCAAAUAAUAUUUCAGAUAUUGCUUCACUUAAGAUAUUAAUAUGCAUAUUAAAGUGUUUACAACAGAUAUUCAUAUCCAAAAAUGUAAAAAUUGAGAAUUUUGGAGAACUGCUUGGAAUUUUAAAAAUUCAGAGACUCAAAACCCCAAAAUUACUGAGUGAGUUAGAACUGGGUGAGAAAAAGCCAUCUCAACUGCUGUGUGAGAUGCGCAAUUUGGUGGGCAAUAAAGUAACAGAUACUUUCCUAAAAACAUUGUGGCUACAACAUUUAUCUGUUAAUAUGG